AGAGUAGACUCGAUACCUUGAUUAUGAAAAGCAAGAGAACCCUUUGGUUCCGACGACGACCCCUAAACCCCCGAACGAACCCGCGCGACGACGAACCGAACCGAACCCCCGGCGGUUGCCUCGGGUAUUCUUCCCUCGUCACCCCGCGACGAUCCGUUUGGGCUCCGCUUGGACGUCGUCCCCGACCCUCGACGGCGACGCCGGGACCCCGUCCAUCGUCGUCGUCGUCAUCGUCCUCGAAGGAUCCAAAGCAUCCAUUAGGUUUUGCACAGGUUUCCAAUAGGUUUUCAAAGAAACCAAAGCUUCAUGUGGCACUCCCCUAUUGCACUCCUCUAUUGCACCCGAAGCAUCCGACACCGACGUUUGCCCGGGCCUUCGGUUCGCUCGGGCCGUCGACGCGUCGAGCUCGUCCUGCAGCCGCCUCAUCUCGUGCGCAUCCUCCUCCUCCCUUCGCUGCGCCGCGGGUGACGCCCCGGUCGCGUUCCGCGCGAAGUUCAUGAAGUCCAUCAUCGCGGCGCGAAGUUCGGCGUUUUCGUUCGCCAGACGCCGAUUCUCGGCGAGCAACCUCGCGUACGCGUCCGCGCGCUCGGAUCUCUCCCGCGCGGCUCGCUCCGCCGCGAGCGCCGCGAGGGCCUCGUCCCUCUCCGUCGUGAGGCGCUCGAGCUCGCGCCUGGCGAGGGUCCGGGACGCCUCCGGCAUGGGCUCGUCUCCGGCCGGGGGUCGCGCGGGGGACGCCGCGGGUUCGGCGGGAUCCGACUCGGACGCGCCACCUCCUACUACUCCUGGCUGGGCCGCGCCGUUCUCCAGGACCCACGUCAGCCUCCUCUCCAUCUUCUCCAUCCGCUUCAUCCUGGCGUCGGAGGUUGGGGACUGGGACUUCCCCGGGCUGUGCUUGGGGCUCCUGAGCGGACGCCCGAGGUCAGCCUCGAGCCUUCUCAUCUUGUUGAGGACCGUGUUGAACGACGUGGCAAUCUCGAGCUCCAGGGUGGGAUCCCCGGCGGGGGAGUGAGUGUGGGAGCGAGACGCCCGGGGUGACGGCUCGUCGGCAUCCAGGUCGUGCGAGUAGCCGUACCACGGCGCCGCGGGGGAUCGCGGCGACCCG